AUGGCGUCGAGUAGUUAUUUUGGCUUUGGUCGUAAUCCAGGCCUAAAUGGCAAUAGUAUUUACUUUGCAAUGACUGAAGAAUUUAACGAUGACACAAUGACAGGCAGAAAAGUUAAGCAGUUGGACGAGGUAAAAAAUGUUACAAGUCCGGUCACGGGUUACACAACCACUGCCAGAUCGGAUGAUUAUUCAAAAAUGAACAGCUCAGAUGGUUCUAACAUAUUUGUUCCGGUUGCGGCAAUAAAUUGCAUUAGUGGAAUUGGGCAUAAACCAAUUCUACCGGAAAAAGAUAAAAUUAUUGAAAUUAUGGAAGGAAACGAUAAAAAUAUAAUAAAAAAACAUAUUGCAUCAGUGUAUGCCACACCAACGCUCAAUAAUAGUCUUGAUAUUAUUGAUAGUAACUGGCAAAAUGCUAGUGAAGGAAUGAAUAAAUUUAAGUACGAGCAGCAGAUGGACAAUGUGGCAGAUAAUAUCUCAAAAACGAUGCAAUAUCAGCAAGCAGAGAGUACCUAUAUAGGUUUACCUAAUUUGUAUAAUUGUAUUAAUGCUAAAAAUCAAAAAUAUUAUUAUAAUAUUUCUUCGCCAAUAACUGAGAAAUAUGUAAUUGAAGGAGCAAAAACGGAUAACGAACAAACGGAACAUAAAAUAGCGGAAGCAAAUAAAAAAAUUCAAAAUCCGCAGCCAUUUUCUUCUCAGGACGAAUACACUACGUUUGGUAAUGCAUCGGAAAUAUAUACAUCGUAUAAUUUCGACAUUACAACAACUGAAUCGGAAUAUGCUUUCAACGUUAGCUAA